UUCAACGCAGGUAGUACACAAUAACUCUCACAAAGGCCGGAAAUUUGCUUCUGGUGACGAUAAAAAUGUUCCAGCGGACUCGGUUUCCAGCGCGGUCAACGAGAGUCUGAGCAGCUAACUUACUGAGCUGUGACUACCAGCUCUGCUUUUCUCAGUUUACCUGCCACUAGCAGAUGAGCCAGAAAGUUAAAUGUGGACCCUGGGUAAAUGGUAGCUAAUGUUAAGUCUCAAGCCCUGUGAUGUUUUGCCGUUGUGUUUUUCACAAAGACCCUGGCCGAGUUAAAGUUAACUUUGAACGGCUGUUGUGUUGGUUUGGCAGCGGUCCACUGAAAGAAAUGCUAAGUUAAUAGGUGUUGGCUAGCUAAUCUGUGGUUAAUGCUAGUUAGCGUUAAUUCUCCAGCCCUGUGAUGUCUCUUUUCUUUUUCUUUAGGAGUUAGAGGCCAGUGUUAUUGCUGCUGCACAAGGCCUCAUAAACGUGCUAACGCAAAAUAUUCAGCAGCAUCACACCCCAGCACAGCAGAAUCCAGUGCAGUCACAUGAGCAACAGAAUCCACAAGCACAAACCCGGAAUAUUACUUCAGUUCAAGGGAGGUGUUGUUGAAGUUGAGAGAGAUGGCAGAUUCGCGACCCCAACAGAUGACGGAACCUUCGAUUGUGAGGCAGUUCAUGGAGAGAAUGCUGAGAAGGCUUCAGGAAGUUCUUCGACGUCAGCCUGUGGAUUUGGAUUAUUUACACUUUGUUUUAAGUCAUGAAGUGGGACUUGUACGCUCUUUUGCCAAUGUAGUAGAACUGCCUCAAGAUGUUGUUCGUGCUUUAUCUGACUUAUUAAGACUUCUUCGUUUACAAGGGGAGAGUUAUCCAGCUGCCACCUAUGUCGAGGUUCUGAGGGGUGGUAGGGGACAGCCAAAACUUGCAAUUUCUAAAGAAUGUCUCCAAAACCUUAUCGACAUGCAGUUGCCCAUCCCCUGUGUAGCUAAGCUCCUGGGUGUCUGCAAAAGGACAGUAUAUCGGCGGAUGCAUGAGUAUGGACUAUCAGUUACGGGAUCAUACAGCAAUAUCACAGAUCUGGAGCUGGACAAUCUUGUGCGCUCAGUUAAAUUGAGGCUGCCGCACAUAGGCUAUAGAAUGAUGAAGGGCGAACUGCAAGCGAUGGGACACCGAGUCAGAUGGGAGCAGGUUUCAGCAUCCAUGCACAGGGUGGAUUCUGCAGGGAUCUUGGAGAGAAUGGCACGUUUAGGCUGUGUUGCUAGAAGAACAUAUUCUGUCAAGGGUCCCCACUCACUGGUCCACGUGGACACAAACCACAAACUUAUCAGAUAUGGUAUUGUUAUCUUCGCUGGAAUUGAUGGUUAUUCACGAAAGAUAAUGUACCUGGGUUCUGCGAAUAAUAACAAGGCAUCAACAGCACUUGGCUUCUUCAUGAGCUCAGUUGAAAAGUUUGGCUUUCCAUUAAGAGUUAGAGGAGACCAAGGGGUCGAAAAUGUCGGCAUUGCUCAGUACAUGUUCACUAUUCGUGGCUGUGGCAGAGCAAGCUACAUAUCUGGGAAAAGUGUGCAUAAUCAAAGAGUGGAGCGCUUAUGGCGUGACGUGUGGAUGGCAGUAACAAGGGUAUAUUAUGAGCUACUUCAUGGUCUUGAAGAGGAGUGCCUACUUGAUCCCUCCAACAGCCUGCAGUUAUUCUGUGCCCAGUACAUAUUUGUACCACGCCUCCAAAUGGACCUAGACACUUUUACAGCCGGGUGGGAUAACCAUCCUCUGCGAACGGAACAAAACCUGACUCCCAAUCAACUUUGGACCAUUGGAUUUCUCCAGUAUCCUGUGGCUGCUCCAGAGAAUCUAGAGGAUUUGCAAGAUCACUUGUUAGACAAUCCUGACAGUUUGAGAGAAGAUGCUCCUGCUGCUGCUGCUGCUGCUGCUGCUGGUGGUGGAGUAGUUCUACCACCCAUCCAGUGCCCUCUGGGGCCACAGGCUAUGGCUGGACUGAGGGCAGCCAUCAAUCCUAUCACUCCCUCCCAGGACAAUGGAAGAGACAUUUACAAGGCUGCGCUUGACUAUGUAACAUUUCACUCAAACUUGGCAGGAUAACAUGCAGUCUGCAAUAUAGAAUAGAUGUUCAACAGUUUUGUGAUUUCAAAAAAUUGUUUCUGAUUCUUAGACAAAUGAAAUUGUAAUUGCUUGCAUGAAUAGGUAUUUGUGCAGAACUAUUGUGGAGAUUGUUUAGGAUAUAGGUUUUACUAUGCAGUAUAUAAACAACUCAGUCUGUCAUGGUAAAAAGAGAUCCACUGUUUUAUUCUGCUGUUACUUGUUUUAAACAACCAAAUGUAACCUCCCACAAUUUUAUUGGCCAAACUUUUAAAUCUAGUGUAUGCAGAUAUUUUAAACUGGUGUCUUAAAUACCAUUAGACAGUUAUCUCACACUGCAUAAGACAUCUACCAAACUCAGUAUGUCAUGUUCGAUAUUUUGGUAAUGAAGAAUUUAAAAUAAAGCUAUGUG